AUGAAUAAGGAGCCAGACGACAUGAACAAUGUCGUGGAGUCCAUAAGGAUGCUGAGUAUACGGCCCAAGAGCAAGCAACCCAUAGAAAUCAUCAGGAAUAGUACCAAACCUGUCACGAUUGCCGGUCCCAUGGUCAGAUAUUCAAAGCUUCCCUUUAGAGAACUUGUCAGGUUUUAUAAUGUUGACCUGGUGUACACCCCAAUGAUUCUAGCCCGAGAAUUUGUUCGAAAUAAGGUUGCACGUUACAGUGAUUUCACAACCAACAUUAGGGAUACUCCAACGAUAGUACAGAUUGGGUGCAACAACAGCGUGGAUUUACUGAGAAUGGUUGAUAUGAUUCAUUCAUACGUGGAUGGGAUAAGUUUAAACUGCGGGUGUCCGAUAAAAGAGCAAGUAAGAGAAGGAAUUGGGGCUGCACUGAUGACAGAACCGGAAAAAGUCAGUCAAAUGGUCAGGGUGGUCAAGGAAAAGUAUGGGGAUUCCGUUUGCAUCGAAACUAAGAUUCGAAUACACAACGAUAUUCAAGAGACAAUACGGUUUGUUAAGCAAGUCCAAGACGCUGGAGUAGACUACAUAACGGUGCAUGGAAGAACUAAAACUACAAGGUCUUCUAAGCCGGUGGAUUUGGAGAGUAUAAGAAUAAUUAAAGAGGUAGCAAGAGUCCCUGUCAUUGCCAAUGGUGACUGCGUUGACGUGAAAUCGUUUGAGCACAUCUUAGAUGUAACCAAAUGUGACGGAGUAAUGUCUGUCCGCGGCUUACUAGAAAAUCCCUCUUUGUUUUCAGGAUACAACAAGACAACUUGGGGUUGCGUGGAGAGAUUUUUCAGUCUCAGUAUGCAUUAUGGCUUGCCAUUUCGGAUUAUUCAACAUCAUCUCAGUUGCAUGACUUCACAGAUAUUUACAAAGAAAGAGCACCUACAAUUGAACCAGUGCAAUAAUAUGAUCGAGUUGUUGGAUUUCUUUGAUAGAGAUUUUGAACUAAAGAGAAUGGGUGAAAACGGAUUUGGAGAGGACGUUGAGGUCAGGCGGAGAAACCCUGAAGGGAUUGUUGGAACCUAG